UCCCCUGGGCUUCUUGUUAAGACUUACGUCUUUGCGGUUGACGUUUGAUAACAAGAAAUGGCUUUAGGCGCGAAAAAUAAGGAAGUUACCCCUGAAGAACUAAAAGAUGUUAGUGCAACACUUGAAGCAGUCAUUAAAGAUGUGGGAGAGAUGGGAAUGUACCAGCGGCUUCUCUUCGUGGGGAUGCUGCCCUUCGGGUUUUUGUGGGCGUUUGUGUACAUGGGCCACUUGUUCGUCACGGCCACGCCCUACGAGCACUGGUGCCGGGUCCCUGAACUCAAUGGCCUAGGAUGGGAACUAAGGCGAAACCUGUCGAUCCCGGUGAGCAGCUCGGGGGCGUUCGAGCGCUGCCUCAUGUUCGACGCCAACUGGACCGAGAUCCUGCAGACGCUGCGCCCGCCCGCGCCCGGCUCUCCCUCCCUCCCCUGCCGGGACGGGUGGGAGUUCCUCUUCGAUGACAUACCAUAUUCUACCGUCUCGACUGAGCGCGAGUGGGUGUGCAGCCGCUCGGUGCUGGUGCCGUGGUCCCAGACCAUCAGUAUUGUGGGCUCCAUGCUGGGCGGCAUACUUCUCGGAUACUUCGCCGACAAAUUCGGACGGAUACCAGCUUUGCUCGUGUCUAACAUUCUCGGCUGUGUAGGCGGAGUGGCCAUGACCUUAACUACCGGUUUCUGGGAUUUCUCCGUAUGCCGCUUCCUAGUUGGGAUGUCUUGUGACGGCUGUUUUCUAUUCAUAUAUUCUUGUCCGUUAGCAUACGAAAUAGCGUUGGAGUACGUGGGCGUGAAGCAUCGGUCGUGGGUAGCCAACAUGUCGAUCGCACUGUACUUCGGCGGCGGCUGCGUGGUGCUGCCCUGGCUGGCGCUGUGGCUCAGCGACUGGAGGACCUUCACUCUGGUCACCUCGCUGCCGAUGCUGGUCGCGCUCGUCACUCCCUUCCUGGUCCCGGAGAGUGUUGGGUGGUUGGUUUCCAAAGGGCGAGUUGAUGAAGCUGUAAAAAUAAUUCAUAAAUUUGAAAGAGUCAACAAAACUAAAGUUUCUCAAGAUGUUCUCGAUACAUUUAUAGUUGCCGCCAAAUCAUACACUAACAAUAAUGAAAGUUUGUUACUAAUAUUUAAAACCAAGGGUUUACGAAAAACUGUAUUGUUUCUGGUGAUGGCAUUCAUGGCGUGCGCUCUGGUAUUCGACGGGCUGAUCCGCAUGUCGGAGCACCUGGGGGUGGACUUCUUCAUAGCGUUCACCGUCACGUCCGCCACAGAGAUGCCAUCGAUCGCUCUAGUAGUCCUGCUAAUCGACAGGUUUGGACGUCGCAAAAUAGUUUCUGUACCCUUGAUUAUAGGAGGAGUCGUUGCUUUCUCAGGUGCAUUUGUGCCCAGAGGGGUGUCGUCGGUGGUGAUGGCGGUGGGCGCGCGGUUCCUGGGCAACAUGGCGUACAGCGCCAUUAUCCAGUGGACGCCGGAGCUGAUGCCCACCAGCGUGCGCGCCUCGGGCGCCUCCUUCGUGCACGUCAGCGGGUUCGCCGCCGCCAUGCUGGCCCCAUUCCUCGUUUAUUCCGAGCGGCUGUGGAGGGAGCUGCCGCUGGUGCUGGUGGGCGUGACGGCGGUGGCGGGCGGCGCCGCGGCGCUGCUGCUGCCCGAGACGGCGGGCCAGCCGCUGCCGCAGACCCUGGACGACUACGAGCGCAUCGCCGACGCGCGCCGCCGACGCCGGUAGUACGCCCGGUCUUAUUAUCUGUCUUUUACCAUGUUGCCUAAUGAAUUUUGGACUAAAAAGUCGAUACCACUUAUCCAUUUCAAAUAUUUUUUUCCACUUUAUUUAUUUUUUGUUAUUCCAAAGAUUCUCCUACAUGUAAUGCUUUGUUCCCAAAUCCGAAAUAAAUAUGCCGUCAGAAA